UGGCCUCGAUCUACUCAUACCUGUCGAUUUCUUCUUCAAUUCCCGUCUCAUUUGGGUGGUGGAUCGACCAGGACCUGACAGCCCCGUAGCGGCGUGGUGAUGGCGAGCAGCAACACCGGCGAGCCGAGCACGGCGCCGCAACCGAACCGGUGGUACGAACUUCGAUUGGGGUCCUCCUGCCGCGACCCCGCCCUUACCACCAAGUUCUGCACGCUCCGCUAUGAAUUUAAGCCAGCAUCUAUUGACAAGACUCAAGCUGGCUCUUUGCAGAAGAGCAAAGAUAACCGGGUAACUGUGGAAUUUCAUAACAAUCAGCCUGGCAGGCCAAAGGUGGCAUUCGAGGGAAGCCAAGAAGAGUACAAGGAUAAUGAUGGUGUCUUGUUUUUUGAUGGCGAGACCUUUCGCUUGGAACGAUUGCACCGGGCAGUCAAGAGAUUAAGGCAUGUCCGGGUUCCGGGAGAGUCUGUAGCAACUUCCUUGGCAGCUACAACUACUGGAAUGGGUGAAUCUCAUUCUCCUCCAUUAGCGAAAGUUGGCAAGUUGCCUGCAAUGAACAAACCUUCUAUACACUCAGUUCCGGUUGAGGUUGAGCACAUUGACAUUGGUGAACCUGAAAAUCCAGGACCAAGAAACAGCAACAGGAGCUCUACAUAUCAACCAGUCACCGCAGACCCAUUUUCCUCUUCGCCUGAUCCCAAUGACCAAGAUGAAAACCUAGACAUACUCGGUGAUGAUGACAAUGGUUCACCCAAUAAUAUGGCCUCAGCACAAGGGACAUAUCGCGGUUUUGACAUCAACUUGCCAAAUCAGCUCGACAUGGAUGAUGAGGUUGCUGAUGUUGAUGUAAAUGACGAAGCUGUGGAGGGACUUAAUGCAGCUGAGGCGCUGCGAGCUCAAGUCAAUGCAGAAGGACAACAGGCGGAGCAGGCCACCUCUAGUUCAAGUGGAAGCAGCAGCGGGAGCGGGAGCGGAAGCGGGAGCAGCACUAGUGGUAGUGACGACAGUGAUGGCGAUUCACCCAGCUCCGGAGGGGAUGUUGAUAUAUGAGUUCGCUUUCAGGCUGCUGACCUACUUGUUGUCUAUGAAUCACAAUCAGUUUCCUCUGACCCAUAUUAAUUGACUCUGGUUUAGUACAAAGUUCUAUGGUGCGAGCGAUGCUUCACUUAUAUCAUACCUGCUUAUACUGUAACUA